UAUAGCAUCUUCUAUCAUGUCAUCACAGGACUGUCACCGAGGGCCCGUACAAAAUAUAUAGGCGGUUUUUACCUGCCAUGCACAAAAUCAGGAUCUACAGAUCUUGACAUGCGGUGAUAGUCUUCAGAUCAAAAGUAAUUUUUAGCUCCUAAAAUUUUUUUCGAAAAUUCAACCUCUUCCGGACAAGUUUUGAAAACGCACAUUUUUGGAAACCACCGUACGGGCAUCCAUCCAUCAUAAAUUUUUAGACAUCCACAUCAACAAGUCAUAAACUAGUUGUGCAACGUCAUAAAUUCAACGUCACACAUACUGUAGUUGUGACGUCAUAAAUUCUACGUCACAUACUGAAGUUGUGUCGUGAGGCGACUGUUAUUCUCGGUCAAACCACCGAGAUAGGUCCUUUCUUUGAAAUAAGACUACAAGAAUCACUGUAUAUAAAUAUUAUUUUAUACAUUUUAUUUUUAAACAAAAUCUCCAAUAAUGUCUGAAACAAAGGAAUCAGAUGGUAUGGAGGAAAUAUGUCGAGGGGUUGCUGAACUGUCGGUUUUGUCGUUCAGAAAGCUGGACGAAGUUAAGCGGCUAGCUAACCAUUUCCGCUAUGUGAUGAACCACCCCAUAACGCAGCAGAACAAAGUCGUUCUGCGCUACAUGAAGAAUUUAGACGAUACCCACCGGAAGAUUUUCCUGCAGCAACGCGAGCUUGUCGAAGUGGAGUUCAUUUUUACAACGGAGAAGAAAUCCAACCUUCAAAGACAACGCUUCAACAGUCUGCCAGUGAGCGAAGUGCCCGAGCUUCUGAAGAGUGAGUUACUUACUUCCGAGAAUGCAAAACAAGUGCACAUCUGCACGGAUUGUAACGUCGAAAUCGAGUUGAAUGACGAGGAACCACUAAUGGAGUCUCUGCAGAAACAUUUCAGCUUAGAAGUGCAUAUGCCCAAGUUAAAACGCGUUAGUAUUGAUGUAGCGGAGCCCGUGGUUCUCCCGAAGAUGUCCAGACGCCUCUCGGCAAUGGAAAGUGGCGAGAGCGCCGGAAAUCUGGACCAAAUCAUCCAGCUCGUGAGACCUAUGGAGAAGCUUGAUAAAAUGUUCAUUGGGAAACUAGAAACGUGUUUGAUAAAGCAUUUGCCUGAUAACUCCGAGGCGAGCAUUGACGCAGCGAUACGCUUCUACCAGCAGUCUUACCAUAAGCUAUGCCAAGAGAUUUCCGCAGUUGAUUUCUCUGCUUUAACCAGCUCUGUCGCACCAAUAAUAAUGAGCAUAAAAGACAACGUGAACCAAAACUUUUCGGUUGACGCCAACAAGAAUUUCGAAAACGACGAAAGCGAGCAAUCUGUGGACAGACCUAUUAAAAGCCAAGUGAAGAAAUUUAGAUAUUAUGGACCGAUUGAGAAUUUGAUUGUUAAAUUGCUGACCAAUCACAAGCUACUUACCUUAGUUGACGAUCGUACUGGGAAACUGGCGUUUUUCUGCAUGUCUUGUGAAUACUACACCUUGAGAUUUCGUUAUGACAGUGUUCUGAAUCACGUGUUCAGCGAAUCGCAUAUACACAACCUCUCCUGUAUCCUGCAAUCGGAUAAGCACAUUCCCUUCACCGAAGAGGCAUCUCCAAUGCAGAAAAUUAAGGAAAUGAACCAUAAAUUCCUACUAAACCAUGGUAUAACUGAGAGAAAUGGGAUAGACUGCAAUUUAUGCAAGAGCUUUAUCGAGUCAAGCGACAAUAUAAUUAUGCAUAUACUUGACGAAAACCAUCUCGGGCGGUUAUCCGAUAAACUGUACCGUAAAAUGAAGGCUAACAAUCCUGAUGGCCUAGUACCUGAUGAAUGGGGUCCCAAAAGCUUAGAUUGGGCCAGGUUUUUAGCAAGCGUUGGCAAGCCUUUAAAUAGUCGCGAUCACGUUGUCAUAGAAAACUUCGUUCGUCCUUCCAGUAAGAUAGCGAAUUACUGCUCGUGUUGCGAUAUGACCUUGAAGGGCCCCAGACAAGUUUUGUUCAACCACAUACGCCAGAAGAAGCAUUUGAGGAACGCUGCACCUCACAAACUGUCUCUUCUAUACAAAAACUACUGUCGCCCAGCCGAAUACUUCGCCAGCUUCGGAAACUUCUACGUGUGCUCUUUGUGCCCCAGCUACAUCGCUUUGCCAUCUUUCGCGGCGAUCGUUGAUCACUUCGACAGUCCACAGCACAUUGAGAGCGUGUCCAAACUGAUCCGCACUGCUUUAUACCCGGACACAGAUACCAAGCUUUUGGAAUCCAGCAAGAUUACGAUUUCCGAUGAGAUAAAAUGCGUAAUAUGCGAGGAAUCAUUCCCGGAAAUCGCCGAAGCUGUCAAACAUGUUCUCACAAAUAUAAACCAUCAGAAUUCGAUUGUCGAAAGCAAAACGAAGGCUAACAAAGGUGAUGUGAUAAGCGUUUAUAUGAAAGGGAAUUACGUGCUUCACAACGAUGGUGCUACAUUCAAAUGUGUUCCUUGCGAUAGUGUUUUUAAUUCCAUAAGAGCUUUGCUCGCCCACUUGGUUUACGCGGAGCAUUUCGACUACAAACCUUCCGCUGAGAACGUGUUCAGGUUUUACUUAGAGAUGAAGCACAAUGUUAAUAUGUUGGCGAGGAAUAAAUAUGAUUAUUACCAGUUCGGAGUGUUGAAAUGCGGGGUUUGUGAUGCUGAUCUAGAAGAGGGGGAGAAUGCUAAGCGUCACGUGGUUUCCGCGCGCCACAGGGAAAACAUGGGGGCCAGUUAUGUUAAUGUUAGUCUGGAUGCAUCUGCUGUUGAGUGAGUUAUGAAUGCAAGUUGGCCAUCGAGGCGGCUGCGCCCGCGUGCUAUAUCGUUGCCUUUCCAUAUAACUAUGUAUAAGUGUUGGCCGAACGUUUUACAAAAUAUGAGUAAAGUUUUAUUAAAUGAAAUAAGUAAUUUUUUAAUUU